AUGCAUGUUUUAAAACUGACACGUACAAUCGUUACAAUCGCUGGAUGCUUUCGACCACUUUCGUGGACAUCUUCGUUUAAACGGACAAUUUACAAUAUCUACAGGUUAUAUAUAAUUAGUAUGUUAUAUACAUUCUCAUUAUCACAAUUUAUGGACAUUGUAUUAAACGUUAAGAAUCCUGAUGAUUUUACUGAUAAUUUAAAUAUGAUGAUGACUUCAUCUGCUGCAAGCUGUAAGAUAUUCAUUAUAUGGUUAAAUUAUAAGAAUAUUACGGCGUUAAUUAACUAUCUUAUCGAAGAGCCAUUUAAACCUUUAGACUUAGGUGAGAUAAAAAUUCGACGACAAUAUGAUAAAAUAAUAAGGAACAAUACGUUACGUUAUACGAGUUUGAUUGGAACAACAUGUUUAUUUAUAUCCUUGGUGUCAUUAUUUACUGACUUCAGACACAGGAAAUUAACAUAUAGAGAAUGGGUGCCAUAUAAUUAUUCAUCUUACAUGACUUAUUCUUUAACGUACGCUCAGCAAAUGAUAAGCACAAUGCACUGUGCUUGUGUAAAUGUCGGUUGCGAUACUCUCUUAUGUGGAUUCUUAAUGCACAUAUGUUGUCAGAUCGAGAUACUGGAAUAUCGUCUCAAGAAAGUCCUGAAUAAUCAAUUUACUCUGGGUUAUUGCGUACGCCAUCACAAUCGAAUUUUUGAGUAUGCACAGAUGGUGAAUAUGAGAUUUACAAAAAUAGUCGGAUUUCAAUUUAUAGCAAGUACGAUGGUGAUUUGCUCCAAUUUAUAUCAAUUAACCAAGUCGACUUUGAGCGCAAAUCAUGUUACAUUAAUUAUGUAUACAAGCUGUAUGCUGACACAAAUAUUUAUUUAUUGCUGGUUUGGAAACAAAGUCAGAUCAAAGAGCCUUCAACUAAUGGAAAAUAUUUUUCAAAUGGAAUGGCCAAUUGUGAAUAAUACUAUUAAAAAAGGCUUUAUAAUAAUUAUGAAACGUGCAAUGGUACCUAUUGAAAUUUCUACUAUAUAUAUAUUGACCAUAAAUUUGGACUCUUUUGUAGCAUUACUUAAAACAUCAUAUUCUGUUUACAAUUUAUUGGUACGAGUACAGUAAUAUUAGAAAUAAGAAAAUAUAUAGUACAAUAUUAUUUAAAUA